AUGUGGCCAUCCACGCUUCUAGAUCCGAAGAAGAGAGGCGCUCAAAAGACUCGUCUCUAUGUGAGCGAGCUACCUUUAUGCGAUUACGAAGCUCCCAUUGAGGACGCAUACCAGCGGGCCAUCCCGAGCAGCAUGCUUGUGUCACUCAAGCUGGUUCAUCCGAGCACGCUCCUGGUCACCAACUUAAAGCCCCUAAAGAAUCUACUCUUGAAGAGCUCCCGAUUGGAAACUCUUCAGUAUGAGGAUCGAGGACAGGGCACUCAAUUCGUCUUCCAGAGCCCUGAUGAGCGCAUGCCAGCGCUCAUUGAUCUAUCUCUCACAUCAUACGAUUGGCAGCAUAGUGCAGAAGAUGUGAAGCAACAUUGGGAUUUUUCCAGGUUAAGAACUUUGGGUUUAAUCUCUGUUCCAAUCUUCAAUUUUCUCAGCACCGUCUCAUUCCAAGACCUAAGGGGCCUCCGAGAGCUACGAGUUGAUGAUUGGAGCAGCCAUAUGCCGGAUCGUCGUUUGGAGGCGACGCAAAUGCUCUCCCAGUUGAUUGGAAACCAUAUCUACGCCUUGGAUACCCUCGAGAUAACCUGCCACAUGAAAUAUUUUGACCUCCAAUCGCUCCGGGGGCACGCUAAGUCACUACAGAGACUAAAGCUAAGGGAUCACGUCGGGUUUCGCGAUGAAGAUCGUACUUGUCCAACUCUGCAAGCUUCUGACAUCUGCGCCCUUGCGCAAACUCUUCCUUUCCUACAUUCCCUUGAAAUCGACUUAGAUGUCGCCAAUUGCCCAUCCGACCCUUUUCUGGAGGCCGUCUCCCAAUUCAGUCGAUUACAAACCUUGACUCUCCACGUCCAGACAGUGAUAUGUCCCAUGGACUACAACCCGGAGGGCGUGGAUCUCGAUGCGAAGGAGGCUAUGCGCGUGUUUCUCAAUCUGACCAGAUCACGAGCAAAAAGGGAUCCGACUCGGCCAUGGAAACAGAUCAUCAUCAACGUAGGAGGAUGGCAGCCGGUCAUGGUUCGACGUCUCGGCCCCACGUGGAGAAUGCUUAAUGAGCAGGGCAUCACGGCCGAGAGAAAGUUCGUUGCGUUGAGAAAUGGAAAUCGAUACGAGGUGGUGGACGCGAGCACGCCAGAGAGCCAUGUCUGCCUCGGUGGGUUGGUAUAA